AACACCUCCUUUCCUUAGCCAGAGGAAGCCUUUGCAGACCUGUUUGAUCCUGUCUCCAUGAAGGAUUUGUACAGCCAGAGCAUCCACAGCCAGUCAGAGCCCAGAUGGCUUCCGUACUCUGCAGAGCUGAGACUGGAUCUUUCAUCUCUAUGUGUCUUGGAAAUCUUUUGAACCUCUCAUUUGGUUUUAGGCUUGGAUAUGUUUCAUAUGCAAAAUAAUCAGCAUCAUGUUCAGUCAGUCCCUCAUUUAACUGGCUGGUGGUUACAAGGUGGGUCCCACAGACUGUCUGUCCUGACACUGAGGCGCUACAGGCAGAAGAAGGGGUUGUGUCUAUCCUGCUCCCAUGAGGCGUUUGCCCUAGCCCAGCCUGUGUUCUGUCUGUUUGACCCACCCAGCAUCCAGGUCCUUAGGAUCAAACCUGUGUUGUGAUCAGUUAAUACCUCUUUCAUAAAUUCCUGCCUCAUGCGUCAUCACUGUUUGUGAAGGGUUUGGUGGACACCUCAGGAGAUGGGCAGGUUGGGAUCAAAGCUGGAAUCUGGGGAGAUAACAUGAAUGGUGCCCCAUGCCCAGCAAAGUGGGUGAGUUGGAGUGGCCUUUGCCAAGCACGACAUACUUUUAGGGCCAGGAUGGUCCAUCUUGUUGCCCAAAAUGUGUCAGCAGGGAUGUGCCAAGGUCCUUUUGCAUUAGCGCCCACCUCCACCCCCAAUUCUCCCCCAAACCCCUUCCUGCUGCUCCAGCACUUCAUUCCCAGCUGCAAACCCCUGGGUUUGAUUGCCACUGUGGUGCUGGGAGAAGCCGUAAAAGCUGAACCCCAGGGGGACAAUAAAGCCAGUGGAGAGGAGAUAAGCAAGGAUCAAACAGAGUGCGGCAGCCACCCCAUGCUGGACUCUCAAAGGUCCCUUUGUUCCUGCUGCCUCCUGAUUCAGUGCCGCUCUGCCUUCAAGGGCUGCGGGCGAGAUAGUGGAGCUCACGGACAGCCCCGCUGCAGCCCCUGGCCGUUGAGCUGCCACCUGUGCGGCCCAGCAAUAAAAAAAGAGAAUUAAUUUCAGUCACAGCACUGAUCCCAGUUGUACACUGAGGCCUGAUAACGUAUCUCACUGGUUCCUAUCGGGCAAUAAAGCCAUUAUUGGGGUGGGAGAUGAUGGAGACAUUUGCCUUCCUCCUUCAUCCUGCGUUUGCUGAGGGGUUGUCCCCCUACCAGUCUGCUGUCCCCUGACCCCUACCUGCACUGUCUGCUCUACAGCUGCCCCACAGUCUGGCUUGAUGGGGAAAUGCCGUCGGCCCCGCACAGCAUUCACCAGCCAGCAGCUCCUGGAGCUGGAGAACCAGUUCAAGCUCAACAAGUAUCUGUCCAGACCCAAGCGCUUUGAGGUGGCCACGUCGCUGAUGCUCACUGAGACACAGGUGAAGAUCUGGUUCCAGAACCGCCGCAUGAAGUGGAAGCGGAGUCGCAAGGCCAAGGAGCAGGGGGCUCAGGUGGAGGCUGAGAAGCAACGAGGGCUCAGCAAAACCUGUGAGAAGUUGCUGCCCGGCGAGCCCCAGGGACAAGCUGCUGAAAGCCCCGAGUUCAUGGGGCACAGCCCUGACUCAGGCUGCCUGCACUGCAGCACCGCCGAGCUGAGCUAUGGUCCGGACUCGUCUUGCUCGGGGGGCGAGGAAGAGGAGGAGGACGAGAUGGGUGCCACAGACAGGAAGAUUGGCUCUGUGUUGUGAAAGGCGAAUGGAGCCAGCUUGGGAGAAGGGCCAGGCUGUGUUGUGGGGGGAGUCUCUUUGCUGGCAGACACAGACUGUGCCUGGAAGGAGCAGGGGGCUGCAGGGCACCUGCCACUCUUUAACUUAUGUGUGUUUGGAUCCUAUUUAACUUGUAAUUAUUCCUCUGUGUGUAUCUGGAGGAGUCCCCAGAUCCUUCCCCUAUAAAGCUGUUAUCUGGAUGCCUGUGCUUUUCCUUAGGACAUGGGAAAAUCCCCUGUCCUGCUACUGUGCUGUCCUACCAGGUCUCUGGGGAAAAGGGUGAGGAGAGCAAACUUGAAUAGCUGGCAGCCUGCUGGCACAGCUGGAAAACAGAGACCUGGACCUUUCUUUGACUGCACUGCUACUUUCCUACAGAUCUGACAGUGCCUGGAGCAGCACAUCACAGUGUGGUGCCAGCUUGUCCUUCCCCUUGGUGGCAUGAAGAGCUGGGAAGGAUGCCCAGGUUGCAUGCCAGCCUGCCUUGCCUCCUCCUGCACCAGUUGCAUCCCUGGUAGGGUCUGUGCUUUGCAAGGCAAAAGUGUCCUGUGAAGCAAAGCUGAUUUCCAUGCUGCAAUUAGCCUGGUUGCAUUGGUGUGGCAUUUCCCCAAGUAAGUGGGGGUGAAGGGAGGCAGGAAAGUGCUCAGGCUGCAAAGGCUCAGUGCUGUGGUGAGCUCCCCUUUUCCCAUGGUGAUGCUUAACCUAUCUAAGUUCCUUUCUGGGCUUGUUUCAUUAGGCUUUUGGGAUCUUGCUCACUCUGACUGAUCUGAAAUCAGCCUUUGGUAGCAGGAGGAUGACUGACACUCUCUACCACUUCCCUAGAAACACUAGGGUUAAGCACUGAGUUCCCUUAAGUAAGCAGAUUGCCCAUGUCCUCACAGGAUGCUGGAGAGUUCUGGAAGGCCCUAUAGAUCUCCCAUGCUUUCUGUGCACUUACUGGGUCUCCCCUUGGGGUGCUGAGAUGGCCGUGAAGGCAGAAGGGCCAGCCCGAGGGGGCAGCCCUGCUUCACCACUCCCGUGCACUGCAGUAGAGCUGCAGGGGUGGAGCAGGCUGGGCCGGGGUGGGUGACCCAUUCCCAGACAGACCAUGAUGCUCCUCCUGCUGAAGUGUAACAAGUCCCUGUGGAAUCCUGGCUCAUCUCUGGCAGUCAGUGGUGGAAGGGACGGGUUAGCGUUGGCGUGGGGCUGUCAUACAUCGCAAGGCUGGGAAAAGCCUGUCAGUGGCUGGAGGGCAGCACCCUGGGCAGGGGGACACAGACAGGUGAGCAGGGGAAGCAGGUGACAGGAGAGAGGAGCAUGAGGACAGACGGACAGAUGGAUGACGGUCCUGUGCAGGGGGACAGUGACCCACAGUGGCUGAUGGCAGCUCAGCAGUUUACCCCUGGGGACAUGGCAUCCUCACUGCCCAGGUUCCCUCUCCCUAAUCAGUCCAUCUCAAGACAUGCAGGUGUCCAGACCCCUGGAACUGCACGGUGGGGACCUCUGGUUCUGGGGAGGCGGCAGCCCUUGCUCCAAGUGGGUAGAUACGAGCCAGGGUAGGAGCAGGUGCCAGGAGCCUGCUGUGGUUGGUGUAACGUGGGGCAAGAGAGAAAUAAAAUGUAGAGGGGGAAAAAAUACAAGGAAAGGAGGAAGGGAUGGGGAAGCAUGAAAGGAUAGUACCUAAUUCCCUGCCUUUGCUUGUCGGGACAACAGAGGAGGAGAGACCCAUUGCUCCAGGAGAAUUGUGCCAGCUCCCAGCAGGAACACAGAAGGACUGGGCAGAGAAAUGGUGGCACCUGCCAGGCAAUGGCUGCUGAAGAUACCUAUCACCUGAUAUGCAACCUGGCUCAGCAGGAGACCACAGGGAGUACCACACACUGGAGCAGGGCUGAAAUGGGGGGACAGGAAUUGUAGAGGCAGAGAAGAAAAGGCAAGAAGGAAAGCCACAAAAGUGCCAGGAAGGAGGAGGGGAGCUGAAGGCGUGUCACAGGCCUAAAACGUUCACCUUGAUGGGCCAUGACAGGUUUAAUUUCCAGAGUACAAUCAUUAAAGUGAUGGAUGGGAGGCGUUCAUCUCGCGCCUGGUGCACUCAGGCCCACCGUGGCUGCAGGAGGGUUUGUUUUGUUGCUGUUAUUUAUGAGGUUGUUUCUGGAGGAGCCAGGCACUCGUCCAGGGCUAGGGGGACAAAGGAGGGGACGCAACUGAUGCUGGAAGAGUUAGAGUGCUGAUUUACAGCUGGGCUGCUUAGCUGGAUGACUCAUUUGUAAACAUCGACAAAUGCCAUUAAAGCUGCAUCUCCUUCCUG